UGGGGCCCCCGGGCAAUAGGGAAUCAUGGGGCCCCUGUGUCCUUGCCCAAACUCAAAAAAGCCUAUGAAAAAGUGGGAGAAGGGCCCCAUUACACACACACACACACAAACCAAUUAGAUCAGAAGCCAAAAAAAUCUAGAAGAGGAAAUGGAAGUACCCAGAGGAGACUUAUUCACAGGGGCAGACUGACAACUCAUGGGGCCCUCGGGCAAUAGGAAAUCAUGGGGCCCCUGUGUCCUCUCCCACACUCAAACCACACCAAAAAAGCCUAUGAAAGGUACCAGGGGCAUCUCAUGGGGCCCCUCAUGGGCCCCUCAGUUAGUGCCCGAGUGACUAAAUGGUCAGUCCGCCCCUGC